UUGUUAUUACCACAGCCGACGCAACUGGUGCUGGUGCCGCUACUACUACUACUACUACUACUGCUACUGCUGCAUUGAUUGUCAUCAUCAUCAUUAUCAAAAAUGCAUUUAUUUUAACUAUUCCUGUUAUACUACUGAGGCCAUCAAGAAAUAUUCCAUUGACUACUACUACUACUACUACUACUAUUACUACUACUACUACUACUACUACUACUACUACUACUACUACUGCAAGUGUCGGUUGCUUCUGCUUCUGCUGCUGCUGUUGCUGCUGCUGUCGUUGCUGUCACUGCUGCUGUUCCCCAGUUAUUAUCAGAAACUUGUUCUCUGUCCACAGGAAGUUUCCCUCUGAUUUCCUGGUUGUUUUUGUUUUUUGAGUUUCACUAAAACACACUCCUCGCAUCUUUACCUUCGUUUGUUUGAUUAAGUAUGGAUGUGUACGAAAGAAUCAAUAUCUCCUACCCGAUGCCCCGUUUUAAGGAGCAUGUCCUGUGGGAAGUGACCUUAAAGGUUGUGUUCUACAGUUUAAUAGUGAUCUUCUCCCUAAUAGGGAACCUCUUAAUUAUAGUCAUCGUCAUGAGACAAAAACGCAUGCGGACAGUAACAAACUUUUAUAUUGUCAACUUGGCUGUAGCCGACCUUCUUGUCACAGUUUGUUGUAGCUGGGUUCAUCUCGUUGACGAUCUCACCGAAGGAUGGGUCCUCGGAGCAUUUUUCUGUAAAGUUAACUCUUUUGCUCAAGUGGUGUCCUUGGUUGCCAGCGUUUUUACGUUGUCUCUCAUUGCUUUUGACCGAUUCUAUGGCAUUGUGUUUGCUCUCAAAGCACACAUGAUGGAGAGAAAAGCGAAAGGCUCUCUGUUUUGCGUCUGGUCAUGCGCAAUAGCAGUUGGAUGUCCGAUACUUAUAUCUCGAAACCUGCACGUGCGCGUGUGGUUAGAUCACGUGGAGAGAUGGUGUGACGAUGGUUGGCCGAUCCAUAGCAAUACUGCAGACCCCACUUCCCGUCGCAUCUACUACACAUUUGUUGCCAUCGUUCUCUAUGUCUUUCCGAUGCUUGUGAUGACCUUCACCUACACAAUAAUUCUAUGGAAGCUUAAUUCAACUGCCAUGCCAGGUGAAACUAUUGAAAGAGAAGUAAUCCUUCAAGCUAGGAUGAAAAGGAAGGUUGUUAUCAUGUUGGUUUCGAUCCUUUUUGUUUUCGGCAUUUGCUGGUUACCCUAUCUAAUAUCACUGUUAUAUUCAGAAUAUAAAAGUUCCGAUGAGUUGAGCCCAUGGUUUUAUGAUCUUAAGUUUUGUGCGCAGUACUUAGCUGAUUCAAACGCUGCUUUGAAUCCUGUCAUAUACGUGGGCUUCAAUGAAAAUUUUCGUAACGGUCUUCGAGACACGAUGAGGUGUAUGCAGAAACGGAAUCCAGAAGAAAUAAUGAUGCGAAGAAACAAUUCUGCCUAUCAAAGUACUUCGGUUACAAAUCUAUGAACGAAUAAAACUCUACAUAUCAUGACUGAUCAUACCAAAAAAGAAUUUUUUAAAUGCUUGUAUUUUUUAUCUUUUCGAAUUCUAGAAAUGCAACACAAAAACACAAAAUGCAAGUAUCUGUUGAAGAAAUAAUCAUCAAAUAUCAUGUCGGUUCACAAGUGUUUGCAACAAUAUAUUUUCUUCUGUGGCAUUGAGUAUCAUAAGCAUAUGAAAUCAUUAUAGAAUACUUUUUGCUUAAAUGUUCAGAUGUAUUUAAAUGAGGUCCUUUCAUUUAACUUGUUAUUUAGAUUCUGUUUCGUUUCCUUAAAUCAUACUAAACUGUAUGUUUAAGAGUUAAGUGCCCGUUAAGGAGCACUUAACUGUUAAUAUUGAUUCUAUGAUCCAUUGUAAAUUCUUAACUGAAACAACAUAAUUUCAGAGCGUAUUUGGAAAAGAUAUGAAUGAACUUCACUACAUUCCAUUCAUUGAAUCUUUUAUCAUUAGUUCUUCCAACCAAAUUUUAAAAAGAAAUCACUAUUACAAUGAAUUAUCACUGAAGAAGUUUCCUUAGUCGCUUGACCAACUCGGUGUACCGGUAAAUUAAAACCAAACAAUUCUGUUGUUCAAAGUGAAAAUCGUGUUUUAAAUGUUAAAUGUGAAGAUAACCUCUCUACUACAGAUAUAAUGGGACCACGACAGUGAAAUACUUCAAUCAAUGACAGAACACAAUGUGACACAGGAUACUGUUAACUGACAGCUGAACAGGCUUAAACGUGUCUACGCAUUGACGACGACCAGCACACCUAUUAUUCAGCAGUGCAUUGUAAAGUGAUGAUAGAAUCGUUGUGAAACGUAUCUCGUGUUAACUUAUGAAUGAAAUGAAUUAUUUCACUACGCUCCAAGAUUUUCUUCCUCGUUCAUCAAAUCUCUAAGGCCAGAGAUCUUAUCAAACCAAACUACUUGUACAAACGAUCAAUAUUUAUUUUUAUCACAUAUCAUGGAAUACAACUUUGGCUUUAUCGUCAUUCUGUUUUCAUCUGUCUCUACAUAACCACAUAUAUACGAAGCACACACACACAUAUAUACAUGCAUACGUAUAUAUGAUAGAUCGCUAGCCACUACACAUUCUUUUUUUUUUCUCCUUGUUUUAUUUUGCGUUCCUUUCUGUGGAAGAGCGUAGGCUCGAAACAGUAAAGACAUUUUCACUUCCCGAGCAUUAUACUAAUACAUCUGUUUGUUGUCUACACCACAUGUCUUCGUCUUUUGUUUUUUGUGUAAUUGUGUACCAUUUCUCUGGUUUUUUUUUGUCCUUGUUUUUGUAUACAUUCGCUGCUUUCUUCCAAAGAAUCUAAUGCUCUUAGCUUAUUUUUUCCUUGGGGCUGGCCAGAUUGGAGCAAUCUCGAGUAUAAUCAGCCAAAAUUGCAAAGAUAAUCUGGAACUCGACUGAGGAAAGAAAACUCCGAAUGACGCAUCCUU